CAUUAAAAAUAAAUUGUGACUCAGCAAAAAUGGCAGAUAACGAUCGAAAUAACGAUGGAAUUCAUACAUUUAGAAAGGGAUUGAUGAAAAGCCUCUGAUAAUCGACGAUACAUAACACGUUUUAGAUACCAACAACAUAUUUAUGAGUAAUCUUAUCAGUGGAUGUAUGUCACGUACACGAGUGUUUGUAAAUUGUUCAGUUUACUCGCAAAGUUAAAUCAUCUGACAAGAUAAUCGUUGGAAAAUAGGAUAAGACAAACAUGGUUUCAUUUAUAUGUUAGAGAAUCAGAUUCAUAUGCAUAUAUUGCUUAAUUAUGUUUUUCGUGCUGUACAGUUAACUGAAACAGCAUGGAAGUUAGAUGGACAUUGCAAGAAAUGCCAUAUGCGCUGAUUUCCACAUUGUAAAUAAUAAUACACAGCACCUAGGGCUCCAUGGGUGCCAAGAACACUUAACAAUGUUGUGGGGUGACUUAGAGCUGAAGCAAACCAACAGCGAGCGAAAAUACCUGGACUUUACUGAGAGGGCAAGGAAGACCAGGAAAUGUAUAACAUAUGAUUCUAGGAGCUUCAAGGCAAAGCUAUUUGAGCAAAAAGCGGAAGCGCCCGACUCAAUCAUUCCCAACAGCAGGUUUUACCUGACCCCUAGCAGAUACUGGGACAACACCGAAGAUGCUUAUUGGUUCCUGCCAACACCAAUGGGAAAAAAACAAACUUGGUUUAAUAGCCCAAGACGUAAAUGAGAAGGCUGGAUUUACUAACAAGUACACAAACCACUCAGGAAGGAAGAUAACUUCUUUGUUAGAUAAAGGUGUCCCACCAACAGAGGGCACAUGUCUGGACAUGAAAACCUAGCUAGUCUAAAUCACUACCAUACUCUUAGCUUCGCCAGGCAAGAGAAACUAUAGAACAUGGUACACAAACCCGUCAAAUCAUCUACAGUAACAAGCUACGGUACCCGAAUGUCUGACGAUGAACUUAUCGCUGCAUCACAGGAGAUUGAAAAACGCUUAACAAUCCAUUAAUAAUUAUGAACAAAUUACUGACUAGUGUAUCUCAUAGUAACGUCCCCACGGAACCAGCAGGAGUACAUACACUAGACCUGCCCGUCACGCACAGUCCAGGGGUACUUUGAGCUUGACAAAUUUUAGUACCCAGCCAAAGUCCUUGUUUAGUGGGUGUACCUUUAACAGUGCCAUGACAAUUGUGCUGAAACAGUAGACUAGAGGUGUAGAGAACUUUGUUACAUGAUGUAUUUUUAUACAAUAUAUGUAAACACUGAAUAGUUAGUUACAUCUCCCUUUAAA